AUGAAAUCGACAACGUUUGCCCCACCCGGAUAUAGCCAAACAAUUUCCGAUGAGCUUAUAGGUUUCGACCAAGCACUGCCUUUACUUACUGUCGGAGUUAUCAGUAUAGUGCUCGUCGUUGUGUUUGGCUUUAUUCUUUGUCAUAUGGAUAUGAAAAGUGAUCACUCGUAUCAAUCACGUGGCAUUUAUGUCGAAAAUUAA